AGCUAUCAUGUGCUAUAGUUUCAGUUUUAUAAUCCAGGAUGGACCGACGACGAUAACGACAGGGGCACAAGCAGACUGGUGUCACGUGAUCCGCUCAGCUCUGCUCUCGCGGACAUCUGCAAAAUGGAGGACCAUGACGCUAAAGAACCCGAGCAGCUCAGAAAGCUGUUUAUUGGAGGUCUGAGCUUUGAAACCACGGAGGAGAGUUUACGGGCCCAUUUUGAACAAUGGGGUAGUCUCACGGACUGUGUGGUGAUGAGGGACCCCAACAGCAAGCGAUCAAGAGGGUUUGGCUUUGUAACAUACUCCGCUGUAGGGGAAGUCGAUGAGGCUAUGAAAGCAAGGCCUCAUAAAGUAGAUGGUCGAGUUGUUGAACCCAAGAGAGCUGUGUCCAGAGAGGACUCCAAUAAACCAGGUGCCCAUCUGACCGUGAAGAAGAUCUUUGUUGGCGGUAUCAAGGAGGACACUGAGGAGUACCACAUUCGGGAGCAUUUUGAGAAGUAUGGAAAGAUCGAAUGCAUCGACAUCAUGGAGGAACGCUCCACUGGGAAGAAGAGAGGAUUCUGCUUUGUGUCCUUCGAUGACCAUGACACUGUAGACAAAAUUGUUGCCCAGAAAUUCCACACAAUCAACUUCCACAAUUGUGAGGUCAGGAAAGCUCUCUCAAAACAGGAAAUGAGCGCUAUAUCCACUAACAGGGGCAGGAGUGGAGGAUCUGGAAACUUCAUGGGGAGAGGGAGUAAUUAUGGAGGUGGUGGCAACUUCGGCCGAGGUGGCUAUGGUGGAGGACGAGGUGGUUAUGGAGAUGAUUUUGACAAUGGUCCAGGGGGAAAUUAUGGUGGAGGACCGGGUUAUGGAGGAGGCCGAGGGGGCUAUGGAGGUGGUGGUCCAGGGUAUGGCAACCAGGGUGGUGGAUUUGGUGGCAGCUGCGAUGGAGGUUAUGGGGGUAAUGACGGAGGAUAUGGAGGGGGUGGAAAUUACAACGACUUUGGAAAUUAUGGUGGACAGCAGUCCAGCUAUGGGCCCAUGAAGGGAAACAACUUUGGUGGCAGAAACUCAGGUGGACCCUAUGGCGGUGGCUACAGCUCUGGUGGUGGCGGCGGAGGUGGCUAUGGUUCACGGCGAUAUUAAUUAUUUCAUGUUUUGAUGUGGAAAGAGGGAAUUCUCUUCUUGCUGAAAAUCUGUAAAGACCUGAUAACAUGGAAGGUUCUGGAUGGGUAAGACUUUUUCAAAAUAUUAUCAAAGGCUGCUCAUAUUGUAAUCUAACAAUGCACAUGGUGAUAAUACAAGGUGCAAGGGUUCUUUUAAGGUAAAUCGAGCAGGAUGACAUCCAGUAUUGCUCCACUUUGACCAGAAUCAGCCUGUGACCUUCACCACACUGCUUGGUAUACCUUGAAGGCAAAAUAUGUUGUGUUUCCAUGUUGUAUUACCUUUUACUAUCAGCGAGAUAGUUCUGAUAAAGCUGAUAGUGAUGAAACACUCUCGGGGAAACAAUAAAUUAUCAUGCUCCUGGGAAACAAAAACCGUAUUUACUGUAUAUAAUGAUGCCAAGCUAACACUUCCGUCAUGCAGUGUUAAAAUGUAUGGAAAUCAGAAGGUCCUUGUCAGUCCUCACCAGUCUGUAAAUAAGCAGAACAAUGUAAACAUAAUAUAAAAGGACUUUUAAGUAACUUGAUUAUUACUGCAAAGGCAGGUCAUAGUAUAAGGCAAAAUUGUAUUUAAUUUAUAAAAAGGGUUAGUAAUCAGCACUUUCAUAAGGCCAGUUUUAAAGCAACAUGAAACCUCUAACAGUUGUGAGGAGGUCAAAUCCUCUGCAUAAAUCACAGGGGCAACUCCCAAUAAAUUGAUUUAUCAAACAAUUAUUUUACAUGACAGGCAGUCAAAUUAACAUAUGGGCAAACUGGUUUAAACAGAGAGGAACCCAAGUUGAACCUACAGGUAUGACAAACACAAUAUACAGAGUAUUCACAAAACACAAGUAAUUGGCAUGCUGGCCAAAAACUUUUUCAUAAAGUGCUGACAGUUUGUUUACCCCCUGAGUUCAAAAUAAGUUGAGAUUUUAUGGGAAAUUCUGUAAGGUUUCCCUAAAAAUGGGAACUCAAGACCUUCUGCAUGUAAGUACUGUACUUGAGGAUGUUGCAAUUGUAUAGUAAGUUAAACAUAUAUUUCAAUUACCCAUUUUGAUGAUAAAAUACAUUUACAUUUUGGAUAAUAAUUUAUGCAUAUCAAACAUAUUUUAAAAUUUAAUUAGGUGGGGAUGUCCAUGUCAAACAUUCUCAACACUGUAUCAGUGGUAGAAAUAUGACCCACGUGACCACCUGCUACAAAUUUAGGUUUUAUGCAUUUUAACUGUGUUUGGAAGAAUUCAUACAUGCACUUUUAGGAUUCCACGCACAUCAGGUCUAUUCAGUCUGAAAGUGGAAAAACAAUGCCUGCUAAUGCGUUUCUCAAUCAUUUGAAGGAUAGUGUUUCUACAGAGGAAUGUAGAAUGACCAACUCCAUUACACAGAAUAAAGCUGUGCUUGAGAAACACACACCAGUAUUAAUGAACUAUGUUGGCUCAAGAUUAAGAUAUGUAAACUGUGACUUGUGCUCUUAAAUAAAAACAUUUUCCAUGA